UGCGUGCGUGCGCGUGCGCGCGCAGGGAGCGCCCUGGGCCGCCCGGCCAUGGCGGAGCCGCCCGCGGCCGAGGAAGCCGAGGCGCAGGGCCCCGGCUGGAGCGGCGGGGACAGCGGCCACGUGUCGCAGAGCCACAGCUGCGCCUCGGGGCCGUGGGAGGACGAGGGCCCGGAGGACGGCGCGCCGGGCCGCGACCUGCCGCUGCUGCGCCGCGCCGCCGCGGGCUACGCCGCCUGCCUGCUGCCCGCCGCCGCGGCGCGGCCCGAGGUGGAGGCGCUGGACGCCAGCCUCGAGGACCUGCUGACGCGCGUGGACGAGUUCGUGGCCAUGCUGGACAUGAUCCGCGGCGACUCGGCGCACGUGGUCCGCGAGGGCGUGCCGCGCAUCCACGCCAAGGCCGCCGAGAUGCGGCGCGUCUACGGCAAGAUCGACCGGCUGGAGGCCUUCGUGCGCAUGGUGGGCAGCCGCGUGGCGCGCACGGAGCAGGAGGUGGCCAGGGCCGAGGCCGAGCUGGGCGCGCUGCCCAGGGCGCUGCGGCAGCUCCUGCGCAGCGUGGGCGGCCCCGGCUUCCUCGCCCGGCCGCCGCCGCCGGCCCCGCGCGAGCCGCCGGGGCUGUUCCGCACCGAGGACCACUUCCCGCGCCGCCGCGACGGGCCGCCGCUCUGAGGACCGCGCGGGGCCCGCCGGUGCGCCGCCUGCCACGGCCCCGGAGAAGCCGCCGAGCCGCCGCAGCCCUGCGGAGCGUGCUGGACGGGUCCGGUUCUCUAAGCCGCCUGCAGGCGCAGCGUCCAGCAGGAAGCCGGACAGCUCCGAGUAGCCGCGGGGUGCGCCUGCGCCGAGCUCUGGCCGCGCCUGGCCGCCGUAGCCGAUGGUUGCUUUAUAAUCUACGUGUCAAUAAAAGUUAAAUUAUUGUUGGUUUGGAA